AUGAAUGCCAUUAGAAUCUACAGCAUUUACGCGUGCGCCGUUGUGAGCAGUCUUUCUCGUUGUACAACUUUCCAGCUACCCACCCAGCUCCCAUCACCGGGAAGAGCUCCUGUCUUGAGUUUACCAAAGGACACGGGAACAGUCCAGGAUUCACACGAUGUGUAUAUGUACAACGAAACGCCAUCGUCUGAACACCAGUCAUGGCAACUACAACUUAAUCCGCUCGACGAAUCAAGACCCACGUCUGAGACUCAUGUCAUGAUGGUGUCGAAAGAUUCAAAAGUGAGUGUAGCUGCGACUAAAUUUCCUACCCCUCAGUUCCCUACAUUUCUGACUGAGACUAUAAAAGAGGGGUCAUCGAGAAAUGUAAAACAAAUACGGAAAAAGACGAGACCGUGUACGUUCAAUUGUUGCGUCUUUUGUCUACCACAUCCUUCCCUGAAGGUCAAGACCACGCGUCGUGAGAGAUCAGCAGGCCCCAGACAAUGGGCAAUGUUCGUGAAGUCCUCGCUUGACACAGGAGAACCCACUCAGGCUUCAGUAGGGCAUCCUUCAAUACGUGACCUGGACAACCGCCGCCGACGAGUCCGUGGAACAACUAUUGAUUUCAAUUUCCGUCCAUCUCUCCCGAAAGAUCUUGACUCCCCGUUCUUCCGAGUCAGCGAAAAAAGAAAAACCUUUCAGACGAAGGGAGAGAACCAUAGCACACAUUUUGGCAACGAGGUUUCCGCCCAGAACACCUACAAAGACACUACAGACGCGGAAGUUGACAAAUCGGUAAAGUCUCUCUCUCAACGUCGAUAUGAAUCACACAUUGCCGAGUUGAAGCCAAGAGUUCACACACACAAUGGUCGGUCAUCUCAGCAACUAACAGAAUCUCAGGCCGCUAGAUUAGCUAAUGUUAAAGACUGGGCAGCGCUAUUAAGAAUGUCUGCAAGAUUUCACCAUCGCUCUCGUCGUAGAAUUCCGAGAUCAAAGUUGAUCAUGCCUUCUCAAAGCUUCAAUGUACCUUCUCACGGUCCUGGACCAUCUGCAUCUCCGGAGUAUCACCAAAAUAAGGCGUCUUCUCCAGAAAAGACAAUACCCACGAGGAGCGACGCGGAAGACGUGAGCGCAAUCACCGAGGAGUCUGACCUAGAUACAGGAGAAUCUGUUACUGGGAGCACCGUGUCCGUCGUUGACGUCACAAACCAGAUGUGCACUGCAGACUACAACAGAUACUGGCAUAAACUGAAGAGUAUAAACUGCGUGGGCCAGCAGUUCUCCAGUCUCAAACCCUGGGAGAAAAUCUUUGUGCCUGACGUGGACACCUUGAGGUUGAACCAAGCAAACUUCACACGCUUUCUGAGUGCUCUGGUCAGCUCAUCUACCCCAACACGCGUGGCUCAUAAGCUGAGGAGAAACCAGAUCACCACAGUGUCUGAUGACGUUUUUGCUCGGGCGUCCAAGAUUGAGAGCUUAGACCUCUCUGACAAUUCCAUAGCAACGGUUGGGGACAAGGCUUUCCAAGCUUCUCUGGCCUUGAAAUACUUGUAAGUACAUCUGGAUAAUAACACCAUCUCCAAGAUCGGUCGCCACGUCUUUGAUUCCCUUCCGGACUUGAUGACUUUGACACUGUCCCACAACCCGCUUGCUAACCUUAUAUCUCACCCAGUGUCAAUCUUCAGGCAAUGUGCUCAACUCCGGACGCUACUUCUGAAAGGCUGCGACAUCAACAACUUUAACCAAGCAAGUUUUGCUGGACUAACCAGUCUGAGACAUUUUCUUGGCUCUAAUCGUCUGACGACACUUCCUGCAGCAGUCCAGUUCUACCUGAUGACUCGGAGCAAUGUGUGCCCUCCCUUGUCCUACAAGCCGUUGCCAGGCAACGGUGCCUGCAGGCCCUGCUCUCAUGGGUCACUGUCUCUAGUUUCCGGCCCGGCGCCAAUGUGUGUGUGCGCUGCCGGCUACUUCACUAAUCAACACGGUGACUGCCAGAAGUGCCCGCGAGGAACGUUCAAGAAUUACAUGGGCCUGGGAAGCUGCAGCCCUUGUGAUAACAGGUCUAUGGAAGUGCCUCACUGCGCUGCCCUUCAGCCUUUGGGUUUCAACGAGUCUAUAGGCAAGGAACAAUCAUCAAAUUCCUGGCCAAUAGCCGUUGGAACCCUGGCGUCAUUGACCAUCUGUGUGACCAUCGCCAUCCUGUUCGCCAGACAGUACCGCGCCAAGCGACGAAGUAUGAGCUGUCGCCGAACCAAUAACACGGUACAAUUGUGUAUCGUGAUGGAAUACGCUGAGCUGGGUGACCUCUUGAGCUACCUGAAGCACCAAUGUACCUUCCCGCUGCAGUACGUGCGUGUGGGAAGUGACGGGCUGGUGGUGGAACAGAGCGCGCCCCGGGUGGAAGACAACGCCUCGCUUAUGGUCUUCGCCUGGCAGAUCGCUAAAGGCAUGGGCCACCUUGAGAUGCACAGAUUCAUCCACAGAGAUCUUGCUGCUCGCAACUGCUUACUUACCAUGGGUCCUAUUGCCAAAGUAUCAGACUUUGGCCUAUCCAAAGACGCCUAUGAGCUUGGCCAUUACAAGAGAGUUCAGAAGGAAUAAGACCUGCUCAAGUGUAUUUCAGAACAACUUCGAGAUUUGCACGAGAACGGCUACCGACUAUCAAAACCCCCAGCCUGCCCGGAGCAACUGUAUCGCAUCAUGAGAACUUGCUGGAGAGAGGACCCUCGUCAGCGCCCGUCCUUUAGACAGCUAGAGGUCACCCUCGAUCUUCUCAUACAGAAAACGAAAAAAAAAGUA